UUCUUGUUCAUUAUCCUGCUGAUCUUCAUUGCAGAGGUGUCGGCUUUUGUCCUCGGAUUCAUUUAUAGAUCAAAGGUUGGAAGUGAUUUCCGGGAACCGUUGCAGCACGUUUUCCAGCAGUACGAUGGGAUAAAUUCCGAGUCUCAUGCCAUAGACUAUUUACAGAAGGAGCUUGAGUGCUGUGGAGUCAACAACUAUACGGACUGGAAUGGCAGCCUCUGGUACAAUACCACCGGCAACCACAGCGUACCUAUGAGCUGCUGCAAGCAAGAGAUUGGUAAGAACUGCACAGGACGGUUGAGCGAGCCGCAGUAUCUCAACACCGAGGGCUGUGGAGACAAAAUGGUAUUUGCGAUACAGAGUGUUCUGAGCUACGCGAUGCUUGUGGUUCUGGGAUUUGCCAUCGUGAAGUUCUUUGGAAUGAUGAGCGUCUGCGUGCUGACCUGCCGGAGAGAUAACGGUUAUGACCGCUUGCAUUCAGGGGUGUUUGCUUGAUGGCCAGAUGGAGCACAUGACUUUUCUUAUUUUUCUGCUCCUUACCUUUACCUUACGAUAAAACAGACUUGGGAAACGGUGCCCCAGACAGACAACAUGGUUGCUUGCUUUGAUCGAAAUGGCUGAAAUCUACCUUCUCAAACAGAAAGAAGACCUCAUUAGCUUUUAAAAGCUUAUUAAAAAAAAAAAAAGUGAAAUAGCAGCUUUAAUUGACGUAUCCACUGGUGAUUCAGCUUGAGUUCAACUGUGUAUCAAAACAUGGGGGAUAUCUUUCCUCUGAAGAUACAGCAGGUGGAGCCAUACGCCAGAAAAGAGAGUUGAUCGUCUGCCCUUCUGAUAUUUAACAGAUGACUCUUUUUAAAUUUCUUUUUACUUCAAGAGGUGAUUUGUGAAGUACCUAAUGGUUUGGAUGUCUCUCCCCCUGAAACUGUGAAAUGCCACCACCUUCUGUUUGUUAUAACAAAUCCCUCCUGACAAUCUCAGAUGAAUUUUGUGAAUGCGCCUUCCCGGUUCUUCGAUCACGCAAGCAGAUGCUGAUGAUCACAGAUGACCGUUGGCAUUCGGCGUUCUUUCGGUUGCGCUGACAGUCCUACAAUGCCAAGACCACAACCAUACAACCCGGAAAAUCUACAACAGCUAGUCUGUUGGAUGUUUUUAAAUUUCAUCUGGGAUCAUCAGCAUUUGGACGUGAACGCCCAUACUCACCAGCUUUCCAAUAUCUACAAUAUUGUAUGCAUUGCUUAGGUGCACGGGUGUGAGAACGAACACGU